UCCCUGGGCUCGGAGAGCUUCACUCGGCCGCCUGGGUCCCCUUCGCCACCCCAAACCCUGGAUUCCAGGAGCCCUUCACCAUGCCUGGCAGAGUUUAGAUACUCCAUGGAGCAAGCCAACUUCUACGAGGUCGAUUCCCGGCCGCCGAUGAGCAGCAGCAGCCACCUCCCGACUCCGCAGCCCGGCAGCGCCUACAGCUACAGAGAGGCUCCCUCGGCGGCUACACCUGCUGCAGGAGGCGCGGAGCUGAGCGACAUCUGCGAGAACGAGAACUCCAUCGACAUCAGCGCCUACAUCGACCCGGCUGCCUUCAACGACGAGUUCCUGGCCGACCUCUUCCAGCACAGCAAGCAGCAGGAGAAAGCCAAGGCCAUCCUGGCCGGAGAUUUCGACUUCCACAGCAUGCACGGGGCCAGCCCCGCCGCCUUGGGGCAGGGGCACCAGCCGCCGCCGCAGCACCACCCCCAGCAGCUCUUCGGCUGCAUGGGCGGCUACACGGACAGCAAGCUGGACCCCCUGUACGAGCGCAUCGCUGCCCCCGGCUUGCGGCCCCUGGUGAUUAAACAGGAGCCGCGGGAGGAAGCGGAGGGCAAGCAGGCGGCUCUGGCUGCCCUCUACCCGCACCUCCCCCAGCAGCAGCACCCAUCCCAUCUCCAGUACCAGAUCGCCCACUGCGCGCAGACCACCAUGCACCUCCAACCGGGGCACCCCACGCCGCCGCCCACCCCGGUGCCCAGCCCGCACCACCCGCACCACCCGAGCAGCCUGCCCGCCGCCACCGGCGCCCUCAAGAUGAUGCCCGCGGAUCAUCGGGGCAAGACGAAAAAGUCCGUGGACAAGAGCAGCAGCGAGUACCGGGUGCGCCGGGAGCGCAACAACAUCGCCGUGCGCAAGAGCCGGGACAAGGCCAAGCAGCGCAACGCGGAGACUCAGCAGAAGGUGAUGGAGCUCACCAAUGACAAUGACCGUCUGCGCAAGCGGGUGGAGCAGCUCACCAGGGAGCUGGAGACACUCAGGGGCAUCUUCAGACAGCUGCCGGAGAGCUCCUUGGUCAAGGCCAUGGGCAACUGCGCGUGAGACCCCCGCUCCCCACCGCCCGCCCCUCUCCAAACAAACUCGGACUUUUGCAAACUCUUGGUGCCAUAUUCAGAUCCCUGCCGGGGUCGAGAGCUGCGGUUCAGCUUGUCUCAUGGGGUGGGUUUGUUUUUUAAUUAUUGACAGAUAAAAGAAUCCAGGCAGCUGUAGUAUUAAACGGUCCGUGCCUUAGGAACGACACGAAUAAGCUGAAAAGAGUGUGCUUUGAAAAGAAAAAGAAAACGCCCACGUGUCUACAGGGUAAAGACAACCCACGCUGUGCCUUAACAGUUGGUUUCAAAAGCUCUGUGGGCUUUCUGUUCACAUCAGCCUGACAGCUGAGCAAACGGGU